GAUGGGAAGGGCCUUGAAUCAGGGCCUUCGGAGUGGGCGGCGCUGCUGAACCGCCCGGGAGGUGAGCUUUGGCUCCCAGGGGUACAAGAACCAACUUGCAGAAGCUUCCUUGCUUGUCAAGGCACCUUUAAAUAACCCACACCCGGAGUGGUUUCAUCUGCAGGCAAGAGAAAGUGGAAACAGCCCCCAAAGGUCUCCCGUCUCUAAUAAACACUGUAGGCAACCUUGCCUUUGAAACUGAAGUGCGUGAGGCAGCGAGGCAGACAACUGUUGGUAUCCUGCUACUAACAGUGGUGAAACAGGAAGCAACAUCCCAUCAGGAAGAACCAGAAGGUGCCAUCCAGUAGCUUUGCCUCACGUCACCCAUCGCCCUCAGUCAGAAAUCUAGACGUGCAACUUUAGAGGGUGGGUCUCUCUGAAAGAAUUUCAGAGCUUACACAGAGAUGAGGUGUGUUGCUCUCUGACGAGAACGAGGCUGACUGGAACGCUGGAAAUCUGGCUCUGACUGCUCUUCACAGGCAAGGGGCAUCUUUUGUGGACUGAAGUUUCUGGAAGGGAUGUUGUGAAAGGAAAGGCGAAACUUUUACAUAUAUCUCCCCAUACCUAUACACAGAGUUCUUGAAUUUCUUCGCAGAAAGCUAUCCUAUAUACUCAAGAAUGUUUCAGACGUUUAAAGAAUGGUUUUGGUUGGAAAGAUUCUGGCUUCCUCCAACAAUCAAGUGGUCAGAUCUUGAAGAUCACGAUGGACUCGUCUUUGUAAAACCCUCUCAUUUGUACAUGACAAUCCCAUAUGCUUUUGGCUUGCUGAUCAUUAGACAUUUCUUUGAAAAGUUUAUUGCUACGCCUCUAGCAAAAUCAUUUGGCAUUAAAGAGGAAGUUCGAAAGAAGAUUACACCAAAUACUGUCUUAGAGAACUUUUUCAAACAUUCCACAAGGCAACCAUCUCAAACUGAUAUUUACGGACUGGCAAAGAAGUGUAACUUGACAGAGCGCCAGGUGGAAAGAUGGUUUAGGAGUCGGCGGAAUCAAGAGAGGCCGUGCAGGAUGAAGAAAUUCCAGGAAGCUUGCUGGAGAUUUGCAUUUUACUUAAUGAUUACUGUUGCUGGAAUUGUCUUUCUUUACGAUAAACCUUGGGUAUAUGACCUGUGGGAGGUGUGGAAUGGCUAUCCCAGGCAGCCCUUGCUGCCGUCCCAGUACUGGUACUACAUUUUGGAGAUGAGUUUUUAUUGGUCUCUGAUAUUUAGCCUUGGCUCUGAUGUUAAGAGGAAGGAUUUUCUAGCUCAUGUCAUCCACCACCUGGCUGCUCUUAGUUUGAUGAGCUUCUCUUGGUGCGCUAAUUAUAUUCGCAGUGGGACCCUCGUGAUGAUUGUGCAUGAUGUGGCGGACAUUUGGCUGGAGUCUGCUAAGAUGUUUUCUUAUGCCGGAUGGAAGCAAACCUGUAACACCCUGUUUCUCAUCUUCUCUACCAUAUUUUUCAUCAGCCGCCUCAUUAUCUUUCCCUUCUGGAUUUUAUACUGCACGUUGAUUCUGCCUCUGCACUACCUGGAGCCUUUCUUCUCAUACAUCUUCCUCAACCUCCAGCUCCUGGUCCUACAAGCCCUUCACCUGUACUGGUGCUACUUCAUCCUAAAGAUGCUCAGAAGAUGUUUAUUCAUGAAGAACAUCCAGGAUGUGAGGAGUGAAGAUGAGGAUGAGGAUGAGUAUGAAGAAGAAGAGGAAGAGGAGGAGGAGAAGGAAGAAAUCACCAAAGGCAAAGAGAGAGACUGUUUGAAGAAUGGCCUCGGGGCCAACAGGGACCUUAUUCCCAACGGUCAACAUGGCCAUUAGCUUGAAGCCCACGCGGCUCCUGGGGCACAGUGUGCUCUGAGGGCUGCUGGAAGCCAGAGUUGCUUCCCCCUCCAUCCCUGUGGCCUACAGGAGCUACAGGGACCCCCAAUUCUGCGCUCCCAUCUUUUUAACCACCAUGUUCCCCCCUUCCAAGAUGUAUUUAAACAAAAUGUUGUUCACUUGUGUUGAAACGUUAAAUAUAGCAUCCCUAUGGAUUUUACUGCAGUUAGGACUCAGACUGGUCAAAGAUUUCAAAGAUUUCUCCAGAGAACCAUUUUAGUUCAGUUGUGUUCAUUCAUGUAUGUGAGCUUACUUGGUUGCAGGCCAUUCCCCUUGCCACCUUGUUCACCCUCAGGAUGGCCUGAGAAGUGCUAAGGUAACCCACUUUUUCAUGUGUGUUCAGCCACAGAAAGCAGCUCAUUUCUUCCCCAAAACAAUGAGUUUGAGGAGGCAACACGGAAGUGGCAGAAGUGAGUGGACCAGGCUUCCAGGGCUCACUGGCCACUUUCUGCCAUGGGCAGUUCUUUAAACCCUCCAAGCCUUGAUGCUUCAUCCUCUCCAGCAGGAAUACAUGAUAUUUGUCUUGCCUACCUCCCAGGGUUGGAGUAAGGAUAGAAUGAGAUAAUGGAAGUGAAAGUAUACUGUCCACUCUGAAGUGACAGGGACCUGACCCUCAUUUCACUACGAUUCCAGCUCUGUUUGAGAGAGAAAAACCUUGUUAAACUUGGCACUGAAUGGGCCUGAACAAAAAGCACAAUCUUAAAAAAUUCUUUUUAAGUGGGUCUGGAGAUAUCCAGAAAUGGAAAUAUUCAGAAGGCUGUUUCCAUUUUAUCUGGUAACUGUAUGUUCGUUAGAUCCCCAAGGGUGAGUCUCAAAUUCCCCCCAGUUCUCUGCCCCAAGUCUCCUCCCCACCCUCGCCCUGCCUCUGGCCAAGGAGAGCGAGCCUGGGCCCCUUUCCUUCCUGUCUUUUGCUGGGCUCUCCCUUGCUUCCUUUCUAAGAGGCGAACUUGGCUACCACUGCCCUGAGCCCCUCAUUCAGGCCGACAGAACUGCCCAGUCAGCAGUGCAGUCCAUCUGGGGGCCAGUCCAGGGGAGUCAGACCUAGGGCAGGCUGCUCACCGAGUCAUUAUUUUGCAGAAAGGCUGAACCUUUGGAGCAAGACGUGCAUGCGAGCUCCUGACCAAAGGGAAAUCUUGAAAACAGAAAGAGGUUGCAGCCUUUUUCCAUCUCUGCUGUCCAACAAAUCAGACUUCAUGAGAGUAAAACAGAACAAAGCAGAAGACUAGAAAAUACCCCUGAGAAAUGUCCAAGGACAGGUGUUGGUCAAUGAUAGCUCCCAGGGUUUCCAACCCCUCUGGGAAGACAGAUUCAGCUAUGAGCCUUGUGGGUCAGUAGGGGGCUGGUGGGUCAGUAGCUCACUAGCUGGCAGCCCUCACAGGGGGUACAUCUGACCUCAGAGACUUCAGGGUCCUGCUGACUGAGGAGAGCAGAGCCUUGUCAGGGAAAAGCCUGAGCAGAAUAUGCAAACAUCCCCCUCCCCAAACUCACAGAUUCUUGGGCCACAUUUCCCACCUUUAUCCUGUCUUGCUCAGGGACCCAUAUUAUAAAGCCCUAGGGGACCCAGGGCUGUGGGAACUAGUAAAGACAUCCAUGUGGGCCCCACUGGAUGUGGCCUACAGCUUCUAGAAUGGGAAGGGCGCUGCGCCGCAAAGAUGUCUGCGUUUUUGUUUUUGUUUUUGUUUUUCAUUUUUUUUGUUUCAAGAAAAGGAUAUUUUUAAAACCUUCAUGGGUAAACAAAAACAAAAACCCAAAACUCUUCAGAAUUAUUUCCUCAUCCAAAAUCUCUUUUUGAGGAAUCACUAGAACAACAGAAAAACAUAUAUCGAGUUUUCUCUGCAUGUUAUUUGCUUUAAUGAGCACAAUAACAUAUGUAUUAUAUGUACAAUGUUAUAUUAUAAAUUGAAAAUGCCUCUACUCACUUUAGGACAUAGCUGUUAUUAUUAAUAUUAUAUUAUUAUUAUUAUUUUUGGUGGAAGAAAAGCCCAUUGAGACAUUAUUUUUUAUGUUUCCGGUUAACAGGCUAUUUUUCCCUUGAUUUAUUUUCGUCUUGUCUCUGUACCAAAUAUCUUCUCACUUAAGGUUAAAAAAAAAAGUGUAUCAGAUGCUCUAUCCUCCAGUUCUCUUUUUCUUAUUUAAAUGUGGAAGGUAACAUUAAUAUGCCAACUUCAAGGGUCUGUGAUACAGUCAGAAGCAUGAAAUACCUCUGGAGAGGUAGAUGCACAUUUUUGUAAUAUCCUUAAAGGCUUCUGUGAUCAAUUUCAAAGGUAAACCUCUCUUCCUGCCAGGAAAAGGGGCUCAUACUAUACCAGACGACUUUAUGAAAAUACAGUCCACUGUGCCACCCAUGUUACUGUGAUGGUAAUGAAAUGACUUCCAGUAAAACAAAGACAGAACCCAA